CCGCCAGCACCUCAGCAUCUAUCUACAGUGUAUCAACCACCGCACACGACACAGCCGUGAAAAGUCCACCCCCGCUUUUGCUCUAGUCAACACCUCCUGGCUCAUGCACCCUCAGUCUAUAUCUUCCUCUAUCCAACCGUUCAUUUUAUCCCUUACCCUAUCACGGACGGCUCAGAUCAAGUCCUUGAAGUCGAACAACCCUCUCCCAAGCUUUUGAAUCGUCCGAUACUCCGAUCUAUAUUCUUCCCCGAAUCCCAACCCUCAUAUCAUCGGCAGUUUCCAAAUCAGCAACCCAAAAUCCGAAGCUCAUUUUCAGAGAGGGAGUGAGCACAAGCGAUGGAGAAUGAAAGGGAGCAGCAGGUUUACUUGGCCAGGCUCGCCGAGCAAGCUGAAAGAUAUGACGAGAUGGUCGAAGCAAUGAAGAAUGUUGCUAAGUUGGACUUGGAACUGACAGUGGAGGAGAGGAAUCUGGUUUCUGUGGGUUACAAGAAUGUUAUUGGAGCAAGGAGGGCAUCUUGGCGUAUAUUGUCCUCAAUCGAACAAAAGGAAGAGGCCAAGGGGAAUGAACAAAACGUUAAGAGGAUCAAAGAAUACAGGCAGAGGGUUGAGGAUGAGCUUGCAAAAAUUUGUAAUGACAUACUAUCGGUCAUUGAUCAGCAUCUUAUUCCCUCAGCCACGUCGGGGGAGUCAACCGUGUUUUACUAUAAGAUGAAAGGAGACUAUUACCGUUAUUUGGCUGAGUUUAAGGGUACUGAUGAUCGCAAAGAAGCUGCUGAUCAAUCACUAAAGGCUUACGAGGCUGCCACAUCAUCUGCUGCAUCAGAUCUGCCGCCUACUCAUCCAAUCAGGCUUGGUCUAGCUCUGAACUUUUCAGUCUUCUACUAUGAGAUUUUGAACUCUCCUGAAAGGGCUUGCCAUCUUGCUAAACAAGCCUUUGAUGAAGCUAUAGCAGAACUCGAUAGCUUAAAUGAAGAGUCGUACAAGGAUAGUACUCUCAUCAUGCAGCUGCUUAGGGAUAAUCUCUCUUUGUGGACCACAGAUCUUCCUGAGGAAGGAGGUGAACAGUCUAAAGCUGAUGAAGCUGGAGCAGAGAAUUAGCCGGGAGCGGAUUGCAAUUCAUUUCAAAGGACCGGGUUCAUGUUGGGAGAGGAAAGGACCUGGGCGAAGAUUAAUCCUUGCGGGUAUUAGUAAUAGAAGUAGACGUAUGGUGUAACGAUUAACUUGUAUCUAAUGUGCUGAACAGAUUCAUCCCUCCGUGGGCUGUUUGAUUGAUGCCUUUAUGCUUUUCAUUUCCACCCAGAACACAAAAGAACUCAGAAUUUGAACUGUGGUGGUUUCCCCUUGCAAUUAUGUUGUCUGUGAUUCCAUGUCAACAAACAAUGGGGAUUGAGAUCGAGAUCUUUUUUUUUGACAAAAGAUAAUCAUAUAUUGAUAGGAAC